AUGGUUCUCGAAGGUAAUAGGAACAACCCUUACCAUAUAUUUUCAUUGAUUAGCAUUAUUUCAGUAAGCUUAAGCCACAAUCGUAUUUUCUUGCAGGCUGUGUUACUGAUGGAUGCAGAAAAGCGUAUCAGACUACUUCAGUUUGUUACUGGAACAUCACGUGUGCCUAUGAAUGGGUUUGCUGAGUUGUAUGGAUCCAAUGGUCCUCAGCUGUUUACUAUCGAGCAGUGGGGAACCCCUGAGAAACUACCCAGGGCUCACACGUGCUUCAACCGCCUGGAUCUACCCACCUAUGAAACGUUUGACGAUUUGCGAGAGAGGCUUCUCAUGGCAGUGGAGAAUGCUCAAGGGUUCGAAGGAGUAGAUUAAAAACGACCAGACUGCUGUUUCUUAACAAGCUAUUGCAGCUUGUAACUUUAAUACGUUCUGGACACAGUACAUUAGAACGACUAUACAGUGACUUUGGUCGUAGAAAAAUGUAUUCUAUGCCUAUUCCUUACUUCUGGGAGACUGGAAAUGAAUUUUGAGGACAAUUCAUUUUAUAACCUCCACAAUGAAGAGACAACAGUGAAGACAAUGAUGCAGAUGAUGUGGACUUAAGAUAAUUUCAGUGAAAAUAGUUCUAUACUGUGCUGUUAAAAGCAUGGCCCUUAAAUAUUUUGCAUAAUUCCUAACUUCAAUUGAAUGGAUUGAAUCUCUUUUGCAGCUAUAGUAUUACACUUCUUGAGAAUGAAUUAAAAGUCACUGCCAAAAUCCAGUCUUCAUCAUACAUGCAAUAUUUAUCACAUACCAAAUACCAACAACACCAGUACAUGUAGAUUAUCAAAAAAAACUUACUACUGUUCUCCAUGAAAAGAUCAACCCAGCCAAAUACAAAUGAAAGAUGCACCUCUUUUUUAUGUUUAAAUGAACAACACAACUAGUACAGUAACUCAAUAACUCAAUCACCACAUAUUCAAAACAAACUAAAGGUUUGGGAAGGGUUUGAAUUGCAUUUAUUAAAUAUAUUUGUAUAUGCUUAAUCCUAUCAAUCAUGUUGUAAAAUAAUUUCUGACAGGAUUGAAAUUUCUGAAACGUAAUUCAUCGUAGUUUGUAUUGGAAGCAUUCAUAAUGAAAGUUAACAAAAAAUCAAACUGUAAGCAAGAUGUGAUUGCUCUGCUGUCUGAACACUUAAACUAGUAGUGGCUGAUGAUAAAAAUCACCUGUUUUCUUCCUUGUUCUAACACUAUAGAGUCUAAGGGCACUUUAUGUAUCACAUUAAGGACACUUAGCUUUUGUUUUUAUUAUUAACUUAAAUGUGAUUAUAUUCCUCGAAUGCACGCAUUUGUCUGGUGCGUUAUGUAUUGUCUGUAAAUGUGGCUGCUGCUGAUGUAUCAAACACACAGAUGUGGAGCUGAGCCUUAGAACUGGUUCUCCUCACUCCCUUUGUCUACCUGUUCUGUUUAUCUCUUUCUUAAUGUCCUUUUCUUAAACAAUACACAUUGUUCAAUUCUC